AAACCUCGCCAGGGUCCUACCGAGUCAUCAGUAGUAGCAGCAACGCGAAAAGCGACUCAAGAAGGUCAGAAUGGUGCAGAAAAUACUAAAUGCCAUCGUUGGUGCCAAAUAUAUCUCCAUUCUGCGGACGUGGGUACCCAACGCGAUAGGCUGGGGAACCGUCGGUGGAAUCGGGGUGAUCCACUUCACCGACUGGCGGCUCAUCCUCGACUACGUCCCCUACAUCAAUGGGAAGUUUGUCAAGAAAGAUUAAGAUGUUAACUCAAGAUUUACGUUGGCUUUUACCCGUGGGAUCAAAUUAUGGAGAAAGACUUCAACCGAGAAAGGACAAAGUUGGCGGCUGUGGAACAGAACUGGCUCCCACCGCUGGGUUUCGGAUCUUUGCACUAUAGGAUGUGAUCUGUUUGACUACUUGGCUCCAUUGUUAUUUUAUGUUAAUAAAUAUUCUACCGAUGAAA